AUGGACAGUGUGGAGGCAGAUUUUACAGAGCCAGAUGUGGCUGCGGCGGGGAUCGGGCUGCAGGGCCAGAUGGCGCCGCAGUACAACAGGGGCACGCUCGACGAGACCGUCAUCAAGACUUUGAAGCGGGACGUGCUCGAGAUUAAUGCUCGGUUGAAGAUGGUCGUGUACCCGCAUUUCCCUACAAGGGCAUUUCUACAGGCUGCAGCGACUUCGGAGCAGCAGCAAGGCAGUGAAUCGAUCGAUAGUCACUGCGACAUGUGGGCACCCCUCACGUUCGUGAUAGUGUACUCGCUGUGUGUAUCACACGCGAAGGCACUCUUCUCCAGCAUAUUCGUGUGCUGUUGGUUUGUGUUGCUAGUAAUGGCGUUGCAUCUGAGACUCGCGAAACCGUACGAUAACGUCUCUGUCAUCUCGUACGUCUCGCUGUCUGGGUACUGUCUAUUCCCACAGAUGGUCAACGCAGUGGCCGUACAGACAGUGUUGCCUCUCGUGUUUAGAGCUUUGGGGAGGGAUCACCGUUGGGCGGUCCGUGGGACCACAGCACUCAAACUUUUGUCGCUCGCUGCGUGCAUGGUCUGGUCACUCACGGCAAUCUCCCUAGUAACCAAGAGUAAAGGGUUUGUACAGAUAUUCCCAUUGGGACUGUGUCUCUUGGCACUCGGAUGGAUCUCUACAGCAUUGUAA